GCGGGACAACAUGGAGCCUUUUCCUCUCUCCGAGCUCGGGCUCCCAGCAGAAAACAAAGCUAUCCAGGGAAUCCUCUGCCCCAUGGCUGUGGAGCUCUGCCACCUCCUCCUGGCCCUGGAACGGGAAGAUGGGAUUUGUGAGGCCUUUCCCAACUUAGGGGAGAAGGCGGAAAAACUGGCCAAAGCCCUGGAAGAACUCGCUGCUGUGGCAGGAAGGCUGGCCCGGGAGUCCAGCGAGGAGGGAACCACGGAGGAGACGUGUCCCAUGGCCAAAUCCCUGGAGCAGGCCGGGAGGGAUGUGCUCCUGGCAGCGCUCCGGCUCCAGGAGCACCCGGAGAGCCCUCAGCUCCGGGAGCACCUGGCAGCGGCCGCCAGGAGAGUCCUCACGGAGACAGCGAAGGUCCUUCAGCUGGAAGAGGCCGCAGGGAUGAGGCGGAUCACCCGGGCAGCCGGCCGGCUCCUGGAGUGCCUGCGUGUGCUGCGGGAUGCCCGGGACACGCCGGGGCUCCUGGCAGCAUUCCAGGCCUUCUCCGAGGCCGUGCUCCUGCUGAGCCGCCUGACAGCCAAGCGCCUCCAGGAACUCGGGGAUGGUCCCGCACGGAAGAGCUUGGCCCACACCCUGCAGCUCCUGCACCGGUGUGUCCCCCUGCUCCACGGAGCCGUCAGACAUUCCAGGGAUCCCCGAGCCGACCUCUCUGCAGACGACGCUUUCCAGCUGACAGAGGGGACCAUCGGGGACCUCCUCUUCCUGCUCAUGGAGCCCCGGGACAGGAGCGGGAUCUUCUCCCAGCAGGUGAACAUGCUGCUGGAUCUCCUCUCCCACCCGGACAGGCUGCGCCUCUCCGAGGGCGGGCUCAGCUCCCACCUGGAAGCGGUGGUUCUCCAUGGAAUGCUGCUGGCAGACUCAUCCAGGCUGGAUCUGCAGCUGGAGCUGGUGGAACGCUGCUGGGUCCUGCUAAGGCUGAGGAAGAGCAUCUGCGGCCGCAUGAGGCGGUUGGAAGGAUGUCCAGGACAGGGCCAGGGAGAGCAUGGAUUUGAGCAGGAAUGUCACAGCAUGAGGGAGGAGCUGGAAAACCUGGACCAGACUGUGCUCAGGGCCACUCUGUGCCAAAUCCUCGAGGGAUUCUUUGAGGAGAAGGAGCCCCUGAGGCAGCUGGUUGAAGGUGCCCUUGCUCUUGCUGGUUCAGGGUGUUUUCCAGCAGGACCAGGAGGAAUUCUAAGGAAGCUCCAGCCCCUCACCGCCGCCGUCUUUGCUCAGGCCCAGCAGAUGCUCCGAGCGGCCGAGCUGGUUCUGGCCCGGUGCACCAAAUCCCAAACUGCCAGGGAAAUCUGGGAGUGGGUGGAGCACCUGCGGAGCCUCCUGGGCAGCCUCCCUUCCCUGCUCCUGGAAAGGAGUGGGAACACCAGAGCAGAGCAGCUCCAGGCCCUGUGCCACGCCUGGGCUGGAGCCACCGGCAGCCUCCUGCGCUGCUUCGAGGAGACGGUCGGCACACGGGAAUUCCUAGAGCUGUCUGUCCUGGAGAUGGCCAAGCACAGGGAAUGGUGUGAGGCGGCGCUGGGAUGUUGGGAUCCCGAGGGAUUCUCCUGGCACGCCGCUCGCCUCACCGGCUGGGCACGCUGGGUGGUUGGAGCCACUACCCGGCACGUGGACAGGGCCACAGAUCCCAUCUUCAGGAAUGGCCUGCUGGUGUGGGUGGAGCAACUGGCCAAUUCCAUCCUGGAGCUGAGGGCAGUGCCAGCCCAGUGCCUCCAAUCCCGGGAUACCUUUUCCCAGGCAGCCAGCUGCCUGAUGGACACUGUUCUCCGUGUCCAAGCCGGGCUGGAUGGGUCCAACCACCCGGAUAUCCUCAGCCCGCUCCGGGAGCGAGUGCGGAGCACCAGGGUGGCAAAGGGGCCAGAGCUCAGCCCAUCCCACGCUGGGAUACAAACCAGUAUGGAUGAGGCCACAUUCCAUGGAGACAUCCCAAGUCCUCCAUCUUCGCCAGCAGGCACCUUCCACCUGGAUGUUCCGUGGGAAGGGGGUGCACACCCUGCCAUCACGGCUCUCCUGGCAGCAUCCCGAGCCUGGGACACAGCUGCCGUCAGUGCCGCUGGCUCUGCCUUGCUGGAGCUCUGCGAGGGCUGUGUGGAUGCAGCACGGGAAGCACUGCCUGUGGCCGACCCCCCCCAGCUCCUGGUGCUGGGACAGCACCGGGACAUCACGGCACUGACCCCCAGGAUUAUCAGCCUGGCCAUGGAAACGGCCCGCAGCCAGCUCCGUGCUCCAGGCAGGCUGAUCCACAUGGCACUCAGGCUCUUGGGAAAGAUCCGGGACACCCAGCAAUGCCUGGCAGCCGUGGCAGGCUCUUGGAAUAGUCUGUCCCAGCAAGUGCUUGGGUUUAUCUCGUCAGGUGACUUUCCAAGAGGGAAGCAGGCUUUGGAUGAGGCCAUGCUGGCUUUAGCAGGAGCAGUGCAGUUGGCAGAAGACAUUGCAAGCACAGCCUGUAGUAAGGAAAAUCCCAUUCCCUCCCAAGCUUGGGAUGGCUUUCUGCAGGUCCAAGCCAAGUUUUCCCGUGCUCAGCUGAACACCCAAGUGUUCCUGGGGAAGGCAGAAUCCUUCAGGGGCUCCUGUGGGAUGGAAAAGGCCAUCCUGGAGCUGCACGGUGUCCGGUGGGCCGUGGGCAUGUGUGUCCUGCUGCACGCCAUGGAUCGCUUCGUGGGAAGGGAUGUGCUGUUCCUGAGGGAGCUGAGCAGGGCUGUGAGGAACAAGGUUGGCUCACAGACCCUCCUGGCUGCUGUGGCCGAGAAUUCCCUGAGGCUGCAGGAGGCCGCCCGGCUCUCUUACCUGUCCUGUCCCAGAGACCGUGGUGCCAGGGAAAUCCUGGCGCUCCGGGGGGAGAUCCAGGUGCUCAUGGAAGCACUGCUGGAGGUCUCCAACACCCUCCUGGUCUCCCCACUGCCUUCAGCCAGCCUGUCCAUCCGCUUCGAGCUCCUGCAGAGGGACGUGGCCCUCAGGGCCAGGGCGUUACUGCUCCGCCUGGAGAGGGCCAACACGGAGCAGCUGCACGUCAUCCAGGACGUGGUUGGAGCAGCCCUGCCCGGCCUCUCCCACGAGGAGAGGGACAGGAGCAAGGAGGCCUUUGAGGAGAAGGCGAGUCGGCUCAUGGCUGACGUCCAGUGGGUCAGGAACACCCUCUGGGACGCUCUGGAGGCUGGAGCUCAACUGCCACCGUGGGACAACCCGCUCUCCACAGCGGAGCACCUCCUGCUCCUCACGGCCCACGCCGUGGGCAGUGUCCGACGGAGCCUCCGGAGCCACUGGGACAUGGGGGAUGCCCACCUGGACACCUGGGAUCCCCAGGACACAGGGGAUGCCCACCUGGACAGUGUGGUGUUGCACUGGUCAGCCCAGGCCCGCUACCUCCUCACACAGCUCCAGGCCACCCGUGGCAUCGGCACAGACGUCCUGCGGCGCAUCACGGAACGCCUGCAGCGGGACCGGGCAUCCCCAGGACAAUCCCAGCUCUGCCCAGCCCCACAGCCCACUGAGGCAGCGGGAAGUCGCCCGCUCGGGAGCAGAGCAGGGAGUGGAGCUCCACAGGAAGCAGGUGAAAUGAAGCAGGCGGGUGGAGGAGGCCGCUCGGCACCGCUGUGUCUGCACGCUCCGGACCUGGAAUCUCUUCCAUUAUUGUCUGGACAGCAGCAGGAUGGCCCUUCCAGCACCUCCCCUGCAAAGCAUAAGAGAGGAAACUGUGACACACAGCAGGGCAGCCCCAGCAAGGUGUCCCAGGUCAUCCAGGACAUGGCAAUGAGGAUGCUCCACAUGGCUCAGUUCCUGAGGAAGAAGGGCCCCAUCGCGAGCAAGGAGCAGUUUGUUGCCUGUGCCAGGCAAAUCGCUUCUGACGGGCAGGUGGUUGUCAGAUUUGGGCACAUCCUUGCCAAGCAGUGCCCGGACCAGAGAUGCUCCACGGAGCUGCUCCGCGCCUCCGAGCACACCCACACCCUCAGCAGCCAGCUCGGCAUCGUGGCCAGGGUGAAAGCAGUGACUGGGGAGAGCAAGGCCUCCUCGGAGCUGCUCCUGAGCAACGCGCAGAACCUGGUGCGAGCGGUGCGGCACCUCCUGGGCGCGGCCGAGGCGGCCUCUGUCAAAGGUUUGGGACAACCCUCACCUGACCCUGAAGCGGAAGAAGUUGCUGCUUUUUGCCUGCAGUGGAAGAAAAACCUGUCGUGGCACAGAGCCAAGGAGGCUUUAAAUUCCAGCAGGGAUGAGUUAGGGCUCCGCAAGACUCGGGAAGCAAAGGCGGAGCCCACCCUGAUGGCUGGGGUGCAAGAACCACCCCCUCAGACCAGGAAUAUCCCAAAGCAUCCCAGUCCCAGGAAAGGACACACAGCUAUGGACAGACACCUGUAAAACCAGGGAGGGGCUUCUCAUCCUGAUGGCGUUGGAAUAUUUGCAAGAUGAAGGAUUCGUGUUGGAGCGUUUCCACUGUGGCAGGAAAAUCUUGGAAGAGGCUCCGUGGGGAGGCCAGGAAUGUUCUGGUGAGUGUUUUACCCACAGGGCAGCAAACACCAGGUGGUGACACAGGCUGGACAGGGCUUGGAGCAACCUGCUCCAGUGGGAGGUGUCCCUGCCCAUGGCAGGGGUGGGAUGGGAUGAGUUUAAGGUCCCUUCCCACCCAAACCAUUCCAGGAUUUUAUGAUCCAGAGUUGCUCAGUCUUUCUGCACUGCAGAGAGCAGACAAGGUCACACAUCACAUAUCCAGGGAUACAGCAGCAGGUAUGUUUCUAUUGUGUCCCUAAUCCCGCAGAUUUCCUCCCAAAAUCCCCCUCAACCCCAGGAUUUUCUCCUACCAAGUAAAAUGCUCAAUUCCAACCAUCACCCACCUCAGAGCUUCCAGAGGAUCCCAGACUGGUGACACUGGCUGCUCCUGCAUCUCUGGCUCUCCACAUCCAUCCUUCACAGCCUCAGGGGACGGAGCUGCAGGUGUCCCAUGGAAACGCUGAUCCAUGCCGGAAUACCGCGCGUGCAGGAGGGCUGGAAACAAGCCUUCCCUGUGGAAUUCACAAUCCAACACCACAGCAGAUCACAACUGGCUGGAUGCACAGCCCAUUCCAACCCCACCUCGGUGUCCCCACCUGCCUCUCUAUCACGUUCCCCGUAGCAGGAAUUCUGUUACCUGUGCGGUCGCAAGGAAUCUCCUCUGUGUUCCAAGGGAGAGCAGCAGGCACACCGGAGAUUCUGGGAAGCAAUCUGCAACGGAUAAAGCAGGGAGCAGGGGUGGAUGGAGGAGCAGAGCAGCCCCAGAGGUGCUGGGAGAGUCCAUGGGGACCUGUGGGGUUGGGGGAGAGGAAGGAAGGGAGGAAGGCAGGAAGGAAGGAGUGAGUUACAGAGUUACCCAGGCUGUGAGGACUCGCUGGCCUUUGUAUCCACGUCCCAUUUCCACACCAUUUUUCCCUGCUGGCUUGGUUUUUUUGAGGAAAACCUUGACCAGCCACACUUGUCACUACAUGAAGAUGUAAUUACGCAGAACUAACGGAUCACUCCAAAAUAACAACCCAGUUUACCUAUCCAGAAGACCAUAAAAUUAAUGGAAUUUACGCUCUGGGAAAUCAGGGAGGCAAAUCGAAACCACAAUUGCCUUUGGAGAUGUCUCCUCUGCCAUGAAGGAAUUACCAGCUUCCCUUGGUUCAUCCCUGCAAGAAACCAAAACCUCAGAGUUUGGGAUAAACUGGACUGUCCCAGUGGAAGCAUCGCUUGGGCCAACAAAGAAAGAAGAGGAAAAGGUGCACCAAGGAAGAGACUGAAUUCAAAGAAACAUUCCAAAGGGGCAGGAAGCAGGUGGUGAUGGAGCAGCCGGCAAGUUUUUAUUGGAAAGGCAGCUGGGCUAGGAAUGACUACAUUUCCUCUGGAGGAAAAGCAACCCAAAAGGCAGGACAGGAGGCUUGGAGGACAUUUGUGUUCCCCCGUGGAAAUUAAAGACAUGCAGGACGUUUUGCAGUGGAAAGUGGCAACUCCCUCCAAGAGGGG